AUGGUUCAUCUUGAAGCACUGGAUCUAUGGAAAGCAGUAGAAGAGGACUAUGAAGUAACUCCUCUUGGAGAUAAUCCAACAGUAAAUCAGAUGAGACAUCACAAGGAGAGAAAGACAAGGAAAGUCAAAGCCAAAGCAUGUCUUUUCUCUGCGGUAUCUCCUUCAAUUCUUACCAGAAUUAUGCAAAUGAAGUCCGCUAGAAUGAAAGAAUCAGAAACCAUAAAAGAUUAUGCAGAUAAACUACUUGACUUAGCCAACAAGGUGAGAUUGUUUGGUAAGGAUUUUACUGAUGAAAGAAUUGCUCAAAAAAUGCUUGCCACACUUUCUGAGAAAUAUGAAGCCACAAUCUCUUCUUUAGAGAAUUCUAAGGAUCUGUCAAGCAUUACAUUGGCAGAACUUGUUAAUGCUUUGCAGGAAACCAAAAAGAACCAGAAGCAAAUGCAAGGCAAUAAUUACAACAAUCAGGGAGGAAGUAAUCCACCCUGCCCUCAUUACAAAAAGAUAAAUCACUCUCAACAGAAAUCAACUUGUUUUGCUAGCAAAAACACUUCUGAAAAUUGGUUGAUUGAUAGUGGAUGUACAAAUUAUAUGACCAGCGAUCAAAAUCUCUUUAAAGAUCUAGAUAUAUCUGUUAUUUCCAAAGUAAAAAGUGGAAAUGGAGAAAAUCUUGAUGCAAAAGGCAAAGGAAUAGUUGCAAUUCAAAGUCCUAUAGUUUUGAAACUUUUAACUGAUAUUUUUUGUGUUCCUGAUCUUGAUCAGAACCUCUUAAGUGUUGGACAGCUACUUGAAAAUGGUUCCAAAGUAUUGUUUGAAGAAAAAACAUGUGUCAUCAAGGAUUCUGAUAAUAUGGAGAUUUUCAAGGUUAAGAUGCGAGGAAAGAGUUUUUCCUUGAAUCUAUUGGACGGGGAGCAAGCAACAGUUGUCUGA